AUGGCAGAUUCAAGUUUCGUGGAUGUUAUAUUGGAAUUUUUGAGAAGGAACAAAUUUAAGAACGCUGAGGCUGCUUUGCGUGGUGAGCUGUGUAAUAGGCCUGAUCUAAAUGGGGUUCUUCAAAAGCUUAUAAUUGAAGAUAAGGAAUUGGGCAGUAAAUUGAGUCAAGAAGUAAAUGGGGGUAAAGUAGUUGAAGAAGAUAGGAAGAUUGCGAGUUUUCAAAAUAGUAGGGAAGGUCUUAUGGAGACAAUUAGUUCUCAGAGUAGUGGGGAGUUUCUCAAGGAGCUAAUUGUCAAAGAGAUAGAUUGUCGAACUGAGAGUAAGGGGCCUGAAAGCAAGUGGGAAAAUUUUUGUAGUACGGAGAAUCAAGGAAAGGUUAAGGAGUUGGUCGCGAUAAAUGAUAAGUACUUUGUGUUUGGUAAGAAUUCAGAUGAUACAGUGCAUGGUUUGUAUUCAUCGAUGUACAGACCAAGCAAUGGUCCUGUUCGUUCUUAUUGGAAUGAUGGUGGAAAUAUUAGUAGAAACAACUUUUUGUGGUCUCACGAUUCUGGGAAGUCAAGGUUGGAUUCGGCAGAGGCUCUUGAUGGUGAGGAUAAUGCGAGAUCUGGGACAUGUGUUGAUUUUUCUGCUGAAGAAAGAACAUCUUGGCCGGGGAGUACUAGUAAAACUAACGUGGAAUUGAAACUUGAGAGAAAUGGAAAGAGUGAGCUCAAGGGAGUUGAUCACCUAACAUGCUCCAAACAUAACCUUGCAGAUAAUGCCUGGUCCAGAAGUGACAAAUCUGCCCAUCCAUCAUCAAAGCUUUGGAAAGAUUGUUCAGUUGAAACUGUUUUGUACUCUUCAAAGGGAGAUGUAUCCAGCAGUUAUGACGGUGCUACUGAUACUGGUGAUAAAAAAGAUGGAAAAAGGAAAACGGAACUCAACCACAUUAUGGUUACAACAAAGGAUCAAGUGGAUGAGGUUGCAGGAGUUCCGUACUUUGGGAAGUCUCAAGGAGGUGGGCUCAAAGACUUUGGUGCCUUUGGUUUUCAAUUUGCACUUGAGAAUCAAAAGGAUGAGUUACCAAAGUUGGCGCCAGUGAGAGUCAAGUUGGAGGACAAAUCCGUCAAUGUUCACUGGGAGGAGAAAUUUCAACAUGAUGGACCUGGUUCGAAGAUCAUGAAUGUGGACAAUGGUUAUCUCAUAGGGUCAUUUCUAGAUGUUCCUAUUGGACAAGAAGUCAUUCCGUCAGGUGGGAGAAGGCCUGGAGGAGGUAGUUGGCUCUCCGUGAGCCAGGGUAUUGUUGAGGAUACUUCUGAUCUUGUCUCUGGUUUUGCAACCAUUGGUGAUGGAUUGAGUGAAACUGUUGAUUACCCCGAUGAGUACUGGGACUCGGAUGAAUAUGAAGAUGAUGAUGAUGUUGGCUACAUGAGACAACCCAUUGAAGAUGAGGCCUGGUUUCUGGCACAUGAAAUUGAUUACCCAAGUGACAAUGAAAAGGAUACAGGCCAUGGGAGUGUUCCAGACCCUAUAGAAAGGAACCAAAACAAAGACAAUGAAGAUGACAGGUCGUUUGCAGAAGAGGAUUCCUAUUUAUCUGAAGAGAGAGAUCUCCAAUCCAAAAAUGUUGAUCCUGUUGUACCUCCAGAUAAUCUUAUUGGGUUCCCAGUGAUUGAAAAGUACCUGAGAAAUGAUGAGAAUGACUUAAUUGGCAAACAUAUUGGACAGUUGAUGGAUGAGGAACUGAGUUUGAUGUCCACUGAGCCUGUCUGGCAGGGAUUUGUUUCUCAAACAAAUGAACUCAUAGUGCUAGGGGAUGGAAAGUUUCUGAAUGAAUAUGGAAGACCUCAUCUACAUGAUAAUUGCAUGGAUGAUGGUCAACAUGGUUCGGUUAGAUCUAUUGGUGUGGGGAUUAACAGCGAUGCUGCUGAUAUAGGUAGUGAAGUGCGUGAAAGCUUGGUUGGAGGUAGUACUGAGGGGGACAUAGAGUACCUUCAUGAUCAUGAUGUUGGUAUUGGUAUUGGUAUUGGUGGACUUAGAUACUCACAGCACAACUUGGAUAAGAAUUACGGUGAACAAUCAAAGAAAGAUAAAAAAAGAACAAGUACAAAUGACUCUGAUAAAUGUGAUAGUGAUACCAGUGCACAUACACAGGCCAAGAAUCACUUGAAUAGGGGGUUCUCAUUCCCUCCUCCUGGGGAUGUACAGUUGGUGCAGACAACCUCGGGUAAAUCAUUGUGGUCAAACAGGGGACAUGCUGCUGUAAGUGAUCAAGCUGCUGAUUCUACAAUGGCCAACAAUGAUGUGCUUGCGACAUGGAGGAACAAAAGCAUUGACUCUUCACCAACAAAGUGUUCAAGAGAUGAAAACAUUGAUAACACUGGGGGAUCCUUAAAUUCUAGCCCCUCGUCUCUUUUAAAUUAUGGCUACAUUGAACGGGAGCUUGAGAAGAAAGAAGGGGAUGUGAAAAUAACAAGUAUUCGAGAAGAAGAUCCUGGGCUGUUACUGGAAGAGGAGGAGGCUGCUGCUAUGCAAGAGCAAGUAAACCAGAUAAAAGCACAAGAGGAGGAAUUUGAAACCUUCACUCUUAAGAUCAUCCAUAGGAAAAACAGAACUGGAUUUGAGGAGGACAAAAAUUUUCACGUUCCUUUAAAUUCAGUAAUUGCUGGCCGCUACCAUGUUACUGAGUUUCUUGGAUCAGCUGCAUUCAGCAAAGCCGUCCAGGCGCAUGACCUUCAUACUGGGAUGGAUGUCUGCGUCAAGAUUAUAAAAAACAACAAGGAUUUUUUUGAUCAGAGCCUUGAUGAAAUAAAACUUCUCAAGUAUGUCAACAAGCACGACCCUGCAGACAAGUAUCAUAUUCUUCGGUUGUAUGAUUAUUUCUAUUAUCGAGAGCAUUUGUUGAUUGUUUGUGAAUUGCUCAAAGCAAACCUAUACGAAUUCCAUAAAUUCAAUAGAGAAUCUGGAGGGGAGGUCUAUUUUACAAUGCCUAGACUCCAGUCAAUUACAAUUCAAUGUUUGGAAGCCCUGCAAUUCUUACACAGUCUUGGCCUCAUACAUUGUGAUUUGAAGCCAGAGAAUAUUUUGGUGAAAAGUUACAGUAGAUGUGAGGUGAAGGUCAUUGAUCUGGGUAGUAGUUGUUUUGAAACAGAUCAUCUUUGUUCAUAUGUUCAAUCUAGGUCCUAUCGUGCACCAGAGGUUAUUUUGGGACUUCCAUAUGAUAAAAAGAUUGAUGUCUGGUCCCUUGGGUGCAUCCUUGCAGAACUCUGCACCGGCUUUGUCCUCUUCCAAAAUGAUUCUCCUGCUACUUUACUUGCUCGAGUGAUUGGAAUCAUAGGCCCCAUUGAUCAAGAGAUGCUUGCAAAAGGUCGAGAUACAUACAAAUAUUUCACCAAAAAUCAUAUGCUUUAUGAACGGAACCAGGACUCCAACAGACUGGAAUACUUGAUACCCAAGAAGUCAUGCUUAAGACAUCGGUUGCCAAUGGCAGACCAAGGCUUCAUUGACUUUGUUGAUCAUCUGCUUGAAAUAAACCCAAAGAAACGGCCGUCUGCAUCAGAAGCUUUGAAACACCCGUGGUUACAAUAUCCUUACGAACCAAUCUCAUCAUAA